AUGCCUACUUCGUCGAAGGAGGUGAAAAAGAAAACUUACAAAUAUCCCUCGUCAACAGCGUGGGUUAAUCAAAACCUCCGAAGCAAUCAGAGGAUGGCUUCAUCAACGACAAAUCCACCUCCGCCUGGACUAAAGCCGAAAGCGAGAAGAAAUUGGAAUAAGAAGGGUCUCGAAGCACAUCAGAAGGAAAGCGAGGACGCACCCCCAGAACAACCCCCAGACGCUGCCGCUGAGAGAAAAAACUGGUAUGCAAUCAAACGGAUUGCGAUUCCCUUCUUCAUCCGUUUCCUAGCUCGAGCAAGUCUCGCCUGGGAAAUUGGACUCUACGUCAUCAUCGUCCUCAACUAUGGCUUGACCACGUACGGCUGCUUCUUCACCUACUACAACGAAAGUGUGUGGAACACUGUUCUUUACACGGACAUUUUGUACGCAGUGGACGUCGUGAUGAGACUUUCUGUUGAAUUGUGGCGUUUCAACAACCAGGCGGAAGUCUUAGUUUUUACGUUACCGUAUACAUUUUUUAAUUGCUUCCUGGACCUCGUCAGCCUAUUCCCGAGUUAUGCAAUUGCUGCACAGUUCUAUGACACGGACAGCUUCAGUCAUUUAUUUUGGCUCGAUUAUUAUCGGCUGAAUAAGUUCUUGCGUUUGGUUCGUGCUUUUAAAUUUUUCGAGGUUCUCAAAGUACGACGACUCAUCUCCGAAGAAGGAUACUUUCUCCUCACUUUCACCAACAUUUAUCUAAUCUUCAUCAACUUUGUGUCCUGCAUUUUUUUCCUCUUUACAGGGCUCCAACCAGUCGACUUUUUACUUUGGAGAAAUUUUACCCAAAUUGACGAUUCGUGGGCUAAAGAGUUUAGAAAGAAGAAACCUGGUUAUGGAAAGGAUCCUUUGGACUUUUACAUUUUAAGUACCCACUUUAGUACAGCAACGGUAACAACUGUGGGGUAUGGAGAUGUGCAUGGAGAAAAUGCAGCAGAAAUGACUGCCUGUGUCGUGAUCAUGUUGAUUGGCGCUAUUUUGAUGAACGGAUACUUCACCAGUCAAAUUACCAAUUUUCAACUUGAGCUUGACAGUGCUCGAUACGACUUAUUUUUUCGAUUAGAAGGAAUUCUUCGAUAUAUGAAGGGCAUUGGAAUGUCAGACUUUUUUCAAGAAAAAGUUCAGUUGUACUACAAAUGCUUGUGGACUUAUCGUGAGGGCGUUGAUCGAGUUACAUUCAUUGAACACAUUCCAAAAGCAGUACAGGAUGACAUGUACUAUGACAUUUGUUUGGAAAUGUUUCACAAAUCAUACCUGUUCCGUGACUUGGAUGAAGCAUUUUUGCGAGCGGUAUCAAAAAUCGUCAAAAUUUCAAUGUAUAAUCCUGAUAUGAUUUUAUGCCGAUAUGGGGGUUAUGCAAACCAAAUGUACUACAUUUUACAAGGAGAAUGCCAAGCAAUGUCUAAGCACGAUUCAUCAAGACGAGCAGCAAUUUUACGAGCUGGAACUAUCAUCGGAGAAACUAAUUUGUUUUUCUCGUGUCCUUACACUAUUGCAGUGGAGACCAAUACAUGUUGUCAAUUCAUCUCUAUUGAAAAGGAAGAGUUGAUGGCGUGCCUUAAUAAUUUCCCUUCAGAACUUUCCAUCUUGCGUUCAAGAACUCAAAAGAAAAUCAACCAAAUGUACCUAAAAUUUAAGUUAUUUGGAGAAGAUCCUGUAUGCUGGGUUCAGCGAGUCACGGACAAGAAAUAUAAUAAGAAUGACAUGAAUACUGCAGCCUCUCUCUCAACGGAUAUGACGGCUAGAUGGGGCGAUGAGAUGAAUCUUGUAGUAACCGAAGAUGUUCUCGCUGAUGCUGAUGUUUCAAUUUGUGAUCUUUGA